UUAACCAUAGAUGUGCUGGAGACAAAAUGUCAAGUGAUCAGCAGGAAGCCAUGGAAGAAAUGUGAAGUGAAGGAUGUAGCUGACAUACCAGUAAGAAUGCCUGCCACGGUCAUCGUCGACACAUGUCCAGACUGUCCAACAGUAGAGUGCCUGGAUGACCCCAUCAUAGCGGAGACGGCCAAUCUGUCCCUCCAGACAUACAACAGAAAGAGUUGCCUUACCAACUACUACACUCUCCUCAACCUAACAGGAGCUAACAUGCAGUGGGUUGAGUGUCCGUCCUACUUUGUGGAGUUCACCAUUCAAGAGACGGUCUCUGCUAAGGACAAUCCUGACGUUGAUCUGACCCAAUGUAAAAUGAUGGACUGUGAAUUUUCAAUGGAGUACUACACUACAGCUACACACUGUAUAUCACAUUCUGAAAUAGCACAAGGGCUUGGCACAGGCUCUCACACCACUCUGGAUGAUGGCAUGUUUGAGAUCAAACUUCCCAUCGAGUUCAAGUGUGAAAUCUUUGAACCAGAGGUUGGGAAUUUCCAUAACAGUGCCAUCACUGCCAUACCAUGAUGGAACCUCAGUAACAUAGAGACAGCACAGCAGUAACCUCAGAAAUUGGGCAGAUGAGACCCCCACAAUGUAGGAGUUUGUUCCAGUCCAGAUCUGACUAAAUUGUGAUGUAAAUUCAGGACCGAGACUAGGUCUAGGGGUAGGGGAAAGGAAGGGGUUAAUCUCGGAGUGGGCAUAAUGUUCUGAUUGACCCAGUUCGUAAGCACUUAAAGUUAUUAUCAUUUUUAUGUCCAUCUCUCAGGCUAGAGAAGAAGUGAUGAGAACCAUAAACAUGCACACACACACACUGCUUGCUGUGGGGUCGUGGUGGUCCUAUCCCCCACCUCAAAGAGCCUCACCAGCAGCAAGCAACUCUCCAGGCAAGAGAAAAAAACAACUUAGGACUGGACAGGUUUCAAAUCUGAUUGAUAAACAUCUUACGUUACUGCAAUAACAGCUUAUUAACACUUUUUUAUGAGAUCAAAGCUAUUUGGUAAUGAGGGCACUAUGACUCCAAUACUUCCCCUCUUUUGCCCUGGCUGGAUGUUUCUUUUGCUAUUUUGGAUCACAUAUGUAAAGAAUUCCACAACAUUGUACUGUAUGAUAAUAUGAACUAUAAUGUGUGUGUAUCAGAGCAAUAAAUUAAUGGUUAACAAUGAAUAUAUUUUCAAUGGUCAUCAUUUAUUGUUCAAUUGUA